CGUUGUGUCUGUGUUGCGUGUGUGUAUGUGUGUGUGCAACUGUGACCCCACUUAACCAGUAAGUACAUUGUGUACGCCUUUUCGUGUGACUCCGAGUGAUAAAUUUAUGUGGUAUUGCAUGAAAUGUUGGUUUAAAAAUAAGGGUUGUUGCACUUGCGUAGCAGUGGCUUCUUAUUGCAAUUUUCGCCCGUAAAAAAAAAUCAGCGUAUAUCGUAUUAUGCUGCGCGAGUAGAACUGAUUUUCCCAAUUCGAUUUGUGUACCCUUGUCCUGUGCUUUCUUUACACAGGGACAACGCGACUGCGUAUGUAGCAUUAUGCAAUAAUUAUCUGAUAGCAGAAAUGAGUGCCUUUUUCCCCCGUUUAUUAGCAUGUGCUUCGCUUUUUCUUCUUUUCUUUUUUUUUUUUUUGCAGUUACAGCUAUUCAAGCAAAAGUACGUGUAAUUUUUCAUGGCUCUUUUCUUCUUUCACUGCUAAAGCAGAAGAAAAUCACUUGGUAAAGCUGAAUAGUGUUCCAUCAUGGAAAGUGGGUUUGUUUGUUUUUGUUUGUUUGUUUGUUAGAUUUUGUUGGGUGCUCGAUGAAGUAAGCAGUGCUUAAUCGUGCAGUUAUGGGUAUUUGAGCAGUCUGAGCCAGGAGUAGAAAUUCCAAUAAAGCACCUCUCCUUGUGCAUUCCUGAGCUGCUGUGUGCGCGCGCGUGUGUGCUUUUUUCCCGGUUUGUGACGUCAGCAUGGCAUGUUGGGGCUUGUUUAGCAAUGUUACGAUUUUACCCGCCAUUAGUAUCUUGUUGUUAUCUUGUGCUAGCCGCGUAGCGAUGUGUGGUGUCUCUGCGAUUAUUCCUGAGGUCUUAAGCCUUUUCCCUCACUGCUUAAGUGAAUUUGUGUACCCUUGUCCUGUGGUUUCUUUACGACGAUGCGGCUGUGCAUGUAGCAUUAUGCAAUAAUUAUCUGACAGCAGAAAUGGGUGUUUUGUCAGUUGAUGGUAGUUUGUUAGCAUGUGUUUAAUUUUUGUAGUCAUAGCUAUUUUGCUAUUUGAGCAGAAAUGAUGAUAUCUGAGGGUUUAACGCUGAGGGUAGAAAUUCCUGUCUGAGAUGAAUCUGCAUUUCACUGCAACUUGUUUCAUUUAAGUAAUAUUAUUGAAAUUCCACAGCCACUGUGAACAAAGAGGGGUGGUUGUGUGCAUGCUCAUGGAAGCAACUUGCAUAUUGGAAUGACACGUGAUGAUAGCGAACUUUGCGCUCAGGUGCGGCAAUGGUGUAGGCGGACGGAGCAUUACGUGAAGCCAAGGGCAAGCUGCGACCUUGAACAUGCAGAGCAAGUUAUUUUUAGGCUAUGACGACUCCUCGCACCCGUCCAUGUUGGGGCAUGCAGCGAGGUCGCCGCUAUAUAAGCGGGGAGGAUGUGUAAAGAGGCAGCAGUCUUCGCAUCGCUUCGGGAGUGUGCGGAGCUCGCUUCAAAAUGCCUAGAUGCGUGUUCUGCUUUUUUGAUCCUCAUGAUAUCAUGGACGAUGAGCCAUUGGAAGAGAAUUCACCAUCUUCUCCAGACAUUUCACCUGCCACAUUGCAUGCUCACGUCGAGCGAUCACAUCCCUAUGUGGACAUUUCCUUCCUGCCUUUCUUUCAAACUGAUAGCGCAUUUCGAGGUAUCGUCAAAGCGUUUGUGCUAUUGGCAUCUGUUCCACCUCCACAAUAUAAUUGCUAUUUUGCGAGCACAAAGAAUACCCUUUAGAUUUUGCAUUUGUUCUGACGUUCUAAUGAUGAAAGAAAAUCGAGGGGAUAUAACCGCACACAUAGCUCAUUUUAUGGCGCUUGCUCGCGAAGUCCACAGCGACGGAGCUAUUGCAAAUACUUUGAUGGACGUGAUUCAGGAGUCCACCGGGCGCAUUGAAAAUUACCAGCGUGAGGGUAGUGGGUUUGUAUCCACCGACGUCCAAAAAGUUCAAAUGUGUAUUUCCGCUGUGAAAACUAAAAAGUUUGGAUCCGAGGGGGUACUUCCCACAAAUUUGGCUAAACGCAGGAACGUGUUAACGAAUAUCCAUUUACCAGCACGCAAGGAGGGUGAAUGUUUUAAAUACAAUACACUCGCUCUCCUGCGUCCACAGGAAAGGAAUUCGUGGAAAAAAUGUGAAAAUUAUGCAGCAGAUUACUGGUAGCCAAGCCGCUUCCCUGUUUCAUUCUCUGAUCUGGAUGAAUUUGAAGUCCAAAACGAGAUAUCCGUGUAUGUUUACGCCUAUGUCGAUCAGGGAGUGCACGUGUCGCGACCCGCAAAACUGGAAUUCAAAAAGAAAAUUCAUCUUUUGGAGGUUGAUGAGCAUUUUGUUGGAAUAAAGUCCCUCGAACGCUUGUUGACAACAAGAAGUAACCAUUUUGUUUGCGAACGCUGCACACGCUCUUUCGUGAAGGAAGAGAGCACGGCGAAACAUCGACGCCUUUGCACGGACAUAAACGAAAUCCUGUUGGAAUGUUGCGAGCCGGGAAAAAUUGUUGUAGAGUUUACUAAAAUACAGUACAUGCAACAGUACAACUAUGUCGUUGCGUCGGACACUGAGAGCGUACUCGCAGCACCCAGUGGUGUUGGCAUGCAACGUCACAUUACCUCUAGCUUCUGUGCUGUGCUCGUGCGUACCCAUGACUCAAAGGUGAUGCGCAUUAGAACACACCAUGGGGAAGAUGCGGCAAAACAGUGUGUGAAGGCACUCAUGGAAAUGCGUGAUGAAAUGAUUGCCUUGAACGCCUGCCCCGCUGCAAUGGUGUUGAGCGAUGAACAACAGGCCAAGCACAGAGCUGCUACCCACUGUGCAUAUUGUAAACGGGAAUUCGCGAAAGACCUAUCUCGUGUCCGGCAUCAUGAUCAUUCGAAGCAUUGUACUGCGGGUGAGACAAAUUAUAUCGCGACACUGUGCAACCCCUGUAACGUCGCGUGCACUACCAGAGAAAAAUUGCCGAUCAUGGUCCACAAUUUGUCUUAUGAUCUGGCUGGACUGUUACGGGAAUUUCACGGGAAGCGACCUCCCUUCAUUGUGGCCAGCUCCAUGGAAAAAAUUCGUUCGUUCGAAAUUGGUACCUUCCUCUUCAGAGAUACCAUGCAGUACCUAAAUUCGUCGUUGGGGGACCCCGUGGAAACCGUCAAAUCCAUGGGGGGAGCCGAGGCAUUCCAAUGCUUGAAGCAGGUAUUUGGAAAGGGCUACGAAAUUUUACUUCGUAAAGGUGUAUUCCCGUACAGCUAUGUCAGUUCUUUCGCAGUUUACGAUGAACUGACCUUGCCAGAAAAAUCCUUCUUUCGAAACGAUCUCACGGGGGAGGAUAUAAGUGAGGAGGACUACCAGUAUGCAUUGCUCGUAUUUGAACGUUUUGGGUGCUCAAAUUUGAGGGAUUAUAAUGCAUUAUACCUGAAAAUGGAUGCCAUAUUACAUGCGGACGUGAUGCAGCACUUCCGACGUCUGUGCUACAGCGCGCGCGGAUUGGAAUUGCUUCAUUGUGUUUCUCUGGCAUCCUAUUCGUGGCAAUGCGCCCUAAAUUACACGCAGGCAAAAUUGGAAUUGAUCACCGAAGAGGACAUGUACAGAACCAUCGAAUCAGGCGUUAGAGGUGGGCUCUGUCAGGCGAGCAGGCGUCAUUUGCAGGCUAACAACCCUCUGUGUAGUGGCUAUGAUCCCGAUAAAGAGGAGGUGUACAUAUCAUACAUAGAUUGCAACAAUCUUUAUGAAUUUAGUAUGAUAAAGCACCUCCCCGUCGGGGAUUUCGAAUGGGUCGAGGAUUUUAGCUCCGUGGAUUUUAUGCGUCACCCCACGGAUUCAGAUGUGGGGUACGUGUACGUAUGUGACUUGGAGUAUCCAAAAUCUAUCCACACUCUAACGAGGUACUUCCCCCUGGCUCCCGAGAACGCAGUAGUCCCAAAGGAAUGGCUCUCGCCAUUCCAGUGAGGGCUUCUCGAAGAAUUAAUGUAUCAGCCUGCUAAGAGCAAAAAGCUGUUGCUUACGUGCAAGGACAAAGUCGAGUACGUUGUUCAUUACGCGCUGCUCGCACUCUAUUGUAGAGUAGGCAUGAGGGUGACAAAAAUUCACAGAAUUCUAAAAUUUCGCCAGGUGCCAUUCCUGCGUCCCUACAUCGAGGACAAUGUCGCCAGACGUGUUGCCUGGGGCACGACAUUCGAAAAAAACUUCUACAAACUCUCAAAUAAUGCAGUCUUUGGGAGAACACUUUUAAAUAAGUUUAACAUGCGUGAUAUUCGAGUAGCCUUCGAUGAGGAGACGGCGAGUCGCCUCGGGAGUCGGGCAGAAUGCGUGACGAUGGAAAUUUUGUCCCCGGAUUGUGUCAUGUACGAAAUGCGCAAAAGAAAAGUGCGAUGCGAUUUCCCGCUCCAGAUUGGGUUUACGAUUUUAGAACUCAGUAAAUUAACCAUGUACUCAUUCUACUAUGAAACCUUGCUGAGCAAGCUCACUUGUCUGGUGAUUACCUGUUACUUUGACACGGAUUCUCUGAUCCUUGGCCUAUUCUGCAAGGACUACGAAGAUCAGUUACAAGCGAUCGCCGACGACCACUUAGAUCUGUCUUCCUUUGAUCGGGAUCAUCCACUGUACAGUGAAAAGAAUCGUGGAAGACUUGGGGCAUUCAAAAGCUGGUAGUGUACCUACCGAAGAAGUAAUAUGCUUGAAAGCUAAAAUGUACUCUAUCAAACUAGCUGGAGAAAAGCAAAUUGCAAGAGCUAAAGGGGUAAAGAAAAAUAUUGUACGCAAGCACCUCCUCCAUGAGACAUACUACGAUACAUUGUUCAAUCACACGAGCGUAUCGAAUGAGCAAGUGUCAAUAGUUGGAAAGAAACAGUGCAUGUACACCAUCAGAAAUGUCAAAAGAAGCCUGAUGGCAUAUGACGACAAGCGAUACCUCUGCAAUGACAUCGAAUCCUACCCUUACGGAAGCUGUGAAUAUGAAGAUGUGUAGGAAGAGAACUGAUACUUCUGUGACAUGCUGUUCUCGCGUGCGGUCUGGGACUGAGCCGUGGAUGGAGAAGGACGAAUGCCUGGGUUAUCCACAUGAUACUUAUGCGAAAAACGCCAUGGAUGUUAACGGAAAUGUCCAGUGUGCCUGGAAGUGCCCCAGAGAGAACUACAAUCUCUCUGAGACUGCCAAUAAACAUUGAAAACUA